AUGUUGAUUAAUGUCUUAAUAACAAUUUUGUUAGUUUUAAUUAAUUUAUUCGAGAGUAGUCAAUGUGCAAGUAUUAAUCUAAUUCGAUAUCAUGCAAAUCUAUAUCGAUGUGGGGAAAUUAUUAUUGAUGAAGAUCUCAUACGACCAGUGUAUUCAUAUUUUAUUUCAAUGAAACCAGAAGAACAUAAAAAUACAAAUGAUUUAAUUCCAAUAUUGCAUUCUUUAGUACGUAUUGAAGUUGCAUGUCGUAGAGCAUAUUUAACUUCAAAUAAAGAAAUGAAAAGUCCUUCAAUUCUAUAUAAUGGAUUCAAAUGGUUAAGAUCAACGUUUCAAUCAUAA